CCCGGCCAGGAAAUGCCCGAGAGUGGGUGUCACCUGCCGAAACAACUUGUUGAUUCCCAGGAGCUCUGUGGGCUCCGACCGUGGCUUACCUGCCUCCAGAGCGCUGGGACGCUCGCCCCCCACUGCUCAGCCAUGAGCAAGUUGGGUAAGUUCUUUAAAGGGACCCGCUCCUCCCGGGCCCGGGCGGCUCCCAGCGCCCAGGAGGCCCUGGCUCGCCUCCGGGAGACCGAGGAGAUGCUGGCCAAGAAGCAAGAGUACCUGGAGAACCGAAUCCAGAGGGAGCUCGCCUUAGCCAAGAAGCACGGCUCCCAGAACAAGCGAGCUGCCUUGCAGGCACUGAAAAGAAAGAAGAGAUUUGAGAAGCAGCUCACUCAGGUGGAUGGCACCCUUUCCACCAUCGAGUUCCAGCGAGAAGCACUGGAGAACUCGCACACCAACACGGAGGUCUUACGGAACAUGGGCUUCGCAGCCAAGGCAAUGAAAGCGGUUCAUGAAAACAUGGACCUCAACAAAAUCGAUGACUUGAUGCAAGAUAUCACAGAGCAGCAGGACAUUGCCCAAGAAAUCUCAGAAGCAUUUUCUCAAAGGGUUCAGUUUGCCGAUGGCUUCGAUGAGGCUGAGCUUCUGGCAGAACUUGAGGAAUUGGAGCAGGAAGAAUUAAAUAAGAAGAUGACAAGCCUGGAGCUUCCAAAUGUGCCGUCCUCGUCCCUCCCAGCACAGCCCAGUAGGAAAGCCAGCAUGCCCUCCUCCGUGCACCGGUCUCGAGCAGCAUCUUCCAGGAGGGCAGAGGAAGAUGAUGACUUCAAACAACUAGCAGCUUGGGCCACUUAAGCUACAAUGGAAAAAAAUUGACACAUAAAUUAUUGAACUGCAUAUGAGACAUAAAUGCUUUUGCAAAGCUUAGAAAUUAGCAGAGACCUGUUUUAUAUGAAUUAUUGUCUUUUAAGUAACAGUUAAAGGAUAGUCAGAGAUGGAAAGGGGCCAGUAGCGUUAUAGGAGACCCUUCCGGAUUGAUGGAGGUGGGGCUCGUCUGCCUGCUUUAUUUGUUACUGUGUUUCUAGUCCUAAUAUGUAGUUGUUGUUUUUUGUAUAUAUACAUUGAAAGCAAACUGAAUUUUACUGACAUUUCAUACAUAUUCCAGUUUAUACACCAUCCCGAGGAAUACCUGGGUAACUGGGGGGAAAUGCUUAUGCAAAUACGAGGCAGCUGUGUGCAUCCAGGUCACGCACAGUAAAAAUAAAUACAUGGCUAGAACA